AUGGCGAUAUACCUCUUCAAGCUCGUCCGGCGAAAGCUACGAGAACGCGAAGCUCAAAAGCACAUCCCAACUACAGAUGACUCCCAUCUAGUACCCGAACCAGCUCCAGGGCAUAAACUUCAAGAUCUCUCAACCCAACAUAACCAUGGACCAUCGCAAGACUCAACAGGAAGCCAUAUCAACUUCCUCACCCCAGAAGAAACAGCACGACAGAAAGCAGAAGCGCGCCAAAGAAACAUCCGACAAUGGAAAUUGAUGCUAGGACUCGUGUUGCCUAACUUCCUGGCUGCUAUGGAUGUUACUAUCGUUGCUCCUGCUAUUCCACUUAUAUCAACUCAUUUCGACCAGCUCUCCGGUAGUUUCAACUGGAUAGUAGCCGCCUACACGCUCACAUUUACAACCUUCAUACCCGCGUCAGGCCAACUAGCCGAUAUCUACGGCCGCCACUUUGCACUCCAAUUCCAGAUGUUCUGGAUCACCAUCGGAAGUAUCAUCUGUGCCACGGCUCAGUCCUGGAGCAUGCUACUUGCGGGGCGUGCUUUGCAGGGCUUGGGCGCUGCGGGUAUCAUGAGCCUGAGCCGGAUUAUAGUGUCUGAUGGGGCGACGCUGGCGGAGACUUCGAGGAGUACUUCGAUUCUCUCGUUGAUUAGUGGGUGCAGUUAUGCCGUCGGCCCAGUAAUCGGCGGCUACCUCGCAGACGCAAGCUGGCGCUACAUAUUCGUCCUCCCCAUCGGCGUCGCAGUCCUCUCCAUACUCAUCAUCUUCUUCGUCAUGCGCAAAGAGCUAUUCCACGGCCGCGCCUCUGUCUCACCAGGUCAAUCCCGGCGUCUAGGCUACAUUUCCGGCCUCGCAAUCAUCGACUGGCCCGGCCUCGUCAUGUUCAUCUUCGGCGUCGGCUGCAUAAUCCUCGCGAUCCAAUGGGGCGGCACACAAUACUCCUGGGACUCAGCACCCGUCAUCGCUCCCCUCGUUGUUGGAAUCGUAUUGUGCAUCGCGUUCUUUACCUACGAAUACCUCCUCGGUCCUGACCGCGCGGUUGCUAGACUUUUCCAUCGUCAGAUCCCCAUGAUACCCUCCACGCUUUUCCGCAAGAAAGACACAGCGCUUCUCAUGGCCAUAAACUUCUCCGCAGGCAUCUCCAUGGUCUGCGCUUUCUACUUUAUAUCCUACUACUGGCAGUUCGCAGAAGGCUACUCGUCUAGUCAGGCCGGAGUGCAACUUCUUUACUACACACCCGGUCUGGGUGUUGGUGUCUUCAUCGCAGCUAGACUGUGUAAUCAAUGGCUAAGACAAACUUUUGUCCCAUUACUCAUCGGGUCGGUUGUUGAGGCUGUAGGGUUGGCGCUGCUUACGUACGCGGUUUCCAUCAGGCAUGUCACAAUGGUGAAAGUCUUCCUGGCAGUAUCAGGUGCAGGCACGGGUUUACGCUUUAUGCCUAUUGUUCUGCAUGCAGCGGGUAUCUGGUCGACGCGCGUUCCCAGUAUGCAGUCGCUGCUUUCUUUCAUGCUACCGUUGGGCGAGACCGUCGGUAUCGCUAUGAUGGGAUCGGUUUUCUCGAACAAACUUACGACUUUCCUGGCCGGAAUCGACAAUUCUGGAAGCGGCGUCGAGCUGCCUGCCACCGGGGCACAUAGCCUGGACCUCCUGAAUAGUCUUCCACCGGCGGUCAAGGAGGAAGUUCAGCAUGCGGCUGCGAAGGCGGUGAUGUGGUCGCUGAUCUCCAUCAUGCCGUUCAUGGCUGCGGCGAUUGUUGCGUCGUGCUUUUUGGGGAAUGUUUGGAUUGGGAAAACGGCAGAGAAGGGUGGAGAGCGUGAUGGUCAAGAACAUAAACCUGCGCAAGAGGCGGAGGUGGGAAAGGUUCUGUAUGGAGUUUAUGUGGUUGCGUGGUUCAUGGGAAGGCUCGAGAAGCAGAAGCAGGAUUUGGAUGUCAAUAUGGAGGGUGAUGAAAUGAAUAGGGGGCAUCAUAAAGUGGUUGAAGGGGAUAGGGUGUAG